GUCAGACUACUGUUAAAAAAAAGGGUGGGAAUCAGAAGAUGGGGCAAGAAGAGGCAGUAAAAACAGCUGUAUGCUCACAAGAUUACAUUUUAUACAUCUUUAGAGCAUCAUCCUGUAGCACCUGCCGAAUACCAUUUACACAGAGCCAAGCAUUGGCAAUUCAUUAAAGACUAAGCAGAACUUGGCAAUACACUAGCAGGUGGAACAGAGGAUUUGGGACCUUGACAGGGUGGUGCAAAUCAACAUGAAACCUCUGCAAUUAAAGUUUGGAAGUCACAGCACACUGCAUUUUAUUUCACUUGGAAAUUAAAUUGCUUGCUUAAAACGCUGCUAAGACAGACAAUCCUAAACCACUUCUCUAUGGCAUGUGGACUUCGGUGUUGAGUAAAAAAAUGAAUCUUUCCACGUGGAAAUAGGCCAAUUAUUUUUCAGUGUAAUUCUAAAAAUCAAAGAAAUUAACAAACCACUUCUGCAUGCUGUGACUGCAAACAUCCCUCUCUGCAGAAAAUGUGAAUGUGGCAAGAACUCGGAUAGAGCAAAAUCAGAGACACCAGAAUGCUGAAUAUUUUACUGAAAGGCUGUGCUGAAUAAGCCAUGGAUUACUCUUUUGGAGGCUUCAGAGAUACUCAUCAUGAGGAUGUGGGGCUUCGCCAAAGGAGCAGCGUCAGGUCCCUGGCCCCGUAUUUUCCAGAAAAUGGGGGCCUCGGCCGCAACUAGUGCGUUCGACAUCUGAAGACCUUCGCUUAAAGGCCUGAAGACCUGGGAGCCCUCUUGCUGCUUCACCUCCAGCGGCAGCACCGAGGUUGACCCUCGGGAGAGGCAAAGGCCAUCUGGCGGUAACCCUGCGGAAGGGAACGGGGCAUUUCCCCCGCCGGCGGGCCCCGCUGAGGGGAGGGAGACGGCGGGCGCCAUUGGCAGCCCUGCCGGGGGGCGGCGCCAUUUGCAGCCCCUCGCGCCCCCUCCUCAAGAUGGAGGCGCGGCGACCGCUCGUCUCGCUGCCGUCGGGAGGCCCCCGCCCUCCCUCUUGGGAUGGAGCUGGACCCAACCCCUCGUCUCCCUUCCCCGGGCUCGCUGCCUACCCGCAGUGCGUCAUGGCCACAGCAGGGCACUAAACAAUAUUAGAGGAAACCAACUUUAAGACAUUUUCCUGCAGCUGGUUGGAAAAGCAGUUGUCACUGCCUUCCUGGUGCAGCAUGGCAUUUGGACUUGGUGUUCUCUGCCUGUUACUGUGGGCAAUAACAGGUUCCAGCUGUGAGCAGUGCAGAGAAGGAGCCACGUACUCAGGUGCAGUAAUAUCUCCCAACUUAGAAACCACUAAAAUUAUGCGAGUUCCUCAUGCUAUGUCAGUGUCGGACUGCAUCGCAGCAUGUUGUGACCUCUCUGGCUGUGACUUGUCCUGGAUGUUUGAACGACGCUGUUACAUUGUGAACUGCCAACACAAAGAGAAUUGUGAACCUAAAAAAAUUGAAACUGUGAAGUCCUAUCUCACUUUCGUGCUGAGGUCUUCUCAGAGGCCGGCCUCGCUGCUAGGAUUUGGGCAGGUGAUCCCAAGCAUGGUUCACUCUGUAGGACUCCAGAAUGAACCGUCUGAGGAAAUGAGUAGCCUGAAGGAGCUGUCUCUGCUUGGCAAAGAUCCCAGCCUUGAGGAGAUACCUGAAUACAUUGAUGAUUAUAAAGAGUUGGAGCAGGACCCCUUCCAGGUGAACAUCAAACAUGAACAGAAGGAGAGCAUGGAUUAUGCUGACUGGGGCCUGAUGGUGGCAGGUGAGAACAGCUUCAACUCUUCUGUGGGCGAUCAUGGAAAUAACCAGGAAGACUUUGCUGAAAAGAAAGGGAUGGCUGGGAAGGUGGAAAACCUGAAUAAAACCAGCUCUGAACUGAACUCUGUCACUGAGCACUCCAUAGAGAGCUUGCUGUCUCUCCCGGAGAUUACACCAUUCCCUGGGAAGACAUUUGGAAGUGAAGCAGCUGUUCAGCUUGCACAGCCUGACGAUGCUUUGCAAAAAGAGGCUGCCACGCCUUCCCCUUCUUCAGACAAACUGGAUUUCUCCCCAGGUGUGUCAGAGAAGACCCAGACUCCCACAGUGGCCCCAGAGAAUGUCACUGAAGGUGGGAUCAUGCUACUUCCCACUAAUACUGUGCCAUCUGAGCCCACACAGCAAUUCACCCCCCUUGCUACUGUUGCUGAAGCAGAUACAGUAAAAGAACUUAUUGUGUCUGCUGGAGAUAACGUACAAGUGAUGCUACCCAAAAAUGAGGUUGAACUGAAUGCCUUUGUUGUCCCACCACCACCUACAGAAACAGCCUACACCUAUGAGUGGAGCUUAAUCAGUCACCCUGCUGACUAUGGUGGUGAAAUGGAGCGCAGGCACAGCCAGACCUUGAAACUCUCCCAUUUAUCGGUGGGACUUUAUGCCUUCAAAGUGACGGUUGCUGGUGAAAAUGCCUUUGGUGAAGGUUUUGUAAAUGUCACAGUCAAACCAGCAGUCAGAGUUAAUCAGCCACCCAUUGCCAUUGCUUCGCCCAAAGUACAAGAAGUUUCUCUGCCUACAACUUCUACCUUCAUUGAUGGCAGUCAAAGUAUGGAUGAUAUGAAGAUAGUGAGUUACCACUGGGAGGAAGUUAAAGGUCCUUUGCGAGAGCAGAAGGCGUCUGCUGACACACCUGUCUUGCAUUUGUCUAACCUUGUUCCUGGAAACUACACUUUCAGACUCACAGUAAUUGAUUCAGAUGGAGCAUCCAACUCCACCACUGCAUCUCUGACUGUCAACAAACCAGUGGAUUACCCACCUAUUGCCAACGCAGGACCUAACCAGGCGCUCACCUUGCCCCAGAACUUCAUCACGCUGAAUGGAAACCAGAGCAGUGAUGACCAUGAAAUAGUCAGCUAUGAGUGGUCACUCAGUCCCAAAAGCAAAGGCAAGGUUGUAGCAAUGCAGGGCGUGCGGACGCCGUACCUCCAGUUAUCUGCAAUGCAGGAGGGAGAUUAUACGUUUCAGCUGACUGUCACAGACUCUGUGAGGCAGCGGUCCACAGCCGAGGUCACUCUGAUCGUACAACCUGAAAGUAACAGUCCUCCAGUAGCAGUAGCUGGUCCUGACAAGGAAUUGACCUUCCCAGUAGAAAGUACUACUCUGGAUGGAAGCAGAAGCCAAGAUGACCAAGGCAUUGUCUUCUAUCAUUGGGAAAAUAUCAGUGGACCAAGCUCUGUACAGAUGGAAAACGGUGACAAAGCAAUAGCAACUGUGACUGGUCUUCAGGUUGGUACCUAUCGCUUCAGGCUGACUGUGAAAGACCAGCAGGGCUUAAGCAGUGCAUCUGUGCUGUCUGUCACUGUGAAGGAAGAAAACAACAGUCCACCCCAGGCGCGUGCUGGUGGGAAGCAUGUUCUAGUGCUUCCAAAUAACUCUGUUACCUUGGAUGGCUCAAGGUCUGCUGAUGACCAGGGGAUCGUGUCGUAUUUGUGGAUUCGGGAUGGUCAAAGCCCAGCAGCUGGGGAUGUGAUCCAUGGCUCAGACCAUGAGGCAGUACUGCAGCUAACUAAUCUGGUGGAAGGAACCUAUACUUUUCACUUGAAAGUAACGGAUGCAAAAGGAGGCUCAGAUAUUGAUUCAGCAACUGUUGAAGUACGACCUGAUCCCAGAAGGAGUGGUCUGGUGGAGCUGAUUCUGCAAGUUGGAGUGGGGCAGCUGAGCGAACAGCAGAAGGACACCUUGGUGAGACAGCUGGCUGUAUUGCUGAAUGUUUUGGACACAGAUAUCAAAGUUCAGAAGAUACAAGCCUACUCAGAUAUAAGCACUGCGGUUGUGUUCUACGUGCAGAAUGGGCAUCCUUCCAAGGUGAUCAGGGCAUCAGAUGUCUCACGAACUCUGCACGUGCAGCUUUUGAAGGAGAAGGCUGACUUCCUGCUUUUUAAAGUCCUGCGGGUUGACACGGCUGCCUGCCUUUUAAAAUGCUCUGGACAUGGACACUGUGACCCCAUAACAAAGCGCUGCAUUUGCUACCAGCUGUGGAUGGAAAAUCUGAUUCAUCGUUAUCUAACUGAUGGAGAGAGUAAUUGUGAGUGGAGUAUACUCUAUGUGACUGUAUCUGUUUUUAUUUUGAUUGUCGUCAUGGUAGGGCUUGGCUGGUUCUGCAUCUGCUGCUGCAAAAGAAAGAGGACAAAGAUAAGAAAGAAAACAAAAUAUACCAUCCUAGAUAACAUAGAUGAGCAGGAGAGAAUGGAGCUGCGACCCAAGUAUGGUAUAAAACACAGAAGUACAGAACACAACUCCAGCCUGAUGGUCUCUGAGUCAGAGUUUGACAGUGAUCAGGACACUAUCUUCAGCAGAGAAAAGAUUGAAAGAGAGAAUACUAAAACACUCAUGAAUGGAUCCAUCAGAAAUGGAGUUUCCUUCAACUACAGCUCCAAAGACAGAUAACUGAAUGAUGGUAAAAGCACCGAACAUGCUGGUCCAACACAUCUGAAACAUGUCAGCCCACCUCUGUUUUUCCAGAACCAAAAGCUUCCUAAAAUAUCAACUAAUUGCAGAUAAAUUUCUAGCACAGUUAGGAGAAGGAAGGAGGAAGGAUUAGGUGGUCAGCUAACUUCUCUUGUCACCAUUAUAGGAACAAGGAAAAGCACAUCUUACUUCUUGCAUGUUCCAUGCUGAAUGUUUGUCUGAACUUCAGAAGGCCUUUUUUCCUGUAUCACUGCUGCAAAACUAGCCAGGGCUGCUACGCUACUGAUAGUAACUGAGAUGCAUACAGAUUCAUGUCCUGUGCACCUGUCAGAGAAGCAGUGUGAUUGUGUUGCCAAUAUAGAUAAAUUCCCUUAGAGGUACAAAGAGCAAUAUGUGACCACAGGCUCCAUCUUCAUUUUCAGUUUAGUUUGGGAACACGAUAGAGCAUUUUUAGUGUAUUGUAUUUAACUCUGACUGUGCUUGUGACUUCUAGGGUAGUGCUCAUCGGAUGGAAGUGUCUUUGUUUCCAAAGGAAGUUUACAAUGAGCAGUUGCACUUACUCAGCUGUAAUGCGAUACAUCUAUAUCCUGGAGGGUGCAAUGUUCCCUGUAUUAACAUAGAAAGUAUGGUGCCUGCAGGGAAGUCCAGUCUUAGGUUGCUUCUGUAAUGAAGCUCUCUGGAGACUGCCACCUCCAGCCAGGAAACAGUAGCAGAAAGGCAUGAAGGACUCAGUGCCAUGUUCCUUCAGAAGCAUUUUGAAUAUCCCAAACAACCUUUUGCUUAGAGAGCACUUCUAAGGAGCUCAGGAUCUUUUAAGACUGAACCCUCAGCUGGGAUGAGUUUUCAUUUGUCAGCCUCAGUGCUCAGCUAAAGAGUGUGCCAGGCAUUUGUGUAGUGAAAUGCUUGUGGCAAAGUACCCUAUGUGGAGCAGGAGGUUCAACACCUACUUUCCUUCUCAUGGGAAUUGGCACUCUGGAAGGUUUUGGCUUGAAUGUUAGAUUGUUUUACUUUUUGUUUGCAAUCUGGAUAAUUUCAGUGUGCUUGUUAGGCUUUAAAGACAUGCCCCUGAUAGCGUUCUUGAAAUCUCAAACUGAAGACCUGGAUUUUAUACAUAAGCCUCACUUGUGAGGGGCAUCUGUGUUGGUGAUACUGUCUGGCCAUGACAUCAGCCUUUCCUGGGGGUCUUUUACUGACGUGCUGAAGUCUUGGGCUGAGCUGGAGGAAUGAUAUGUUCCAAGGGAGAAAACAUUCCUUUGGGAGCAUUUUGGAGAGGUUUUGUUGGGUUUUUUAAACUUUUUUUUUUUUUUUUUUUAAAUCUGGUGGUGGAGAAUUCAUUAACAGAAGGGUGAAGCAGUAUAGAGAUCAAGGGCAGCAGUUGAGAAGGGUCAGGGAGGAGACAUAGCCCACCUCAUCGCAGAGCCUCAAACUAGAUGAGGCAAGUACUCAAAAUUAGAUUUAUUCCAAUCGCAGUUGUUUAGCAUUCUGACAAAUGCUAGUGAACUACAGGUUUGGAUGUGUGUCAAACAGAACUAAUGCUACAUAGCUGACUUAAGCUUAAGUUUUAGGGAUGUUGACCCAAAAAUCAAUCACCCAAUAACAUGAGGGCUCUCAGCCUCAAGGAGUUACCUUGGGCAGCGUCCCGAUCCGAGGGGAGAGUCCCUGGAUGCAGACACGCUGCUCCAAGGAGGGCUUUAUCAGUUUGCCUCUGGGGGUGGGGAGGCCCCCAUUUAUACCCUAGUCGAAUCUGAUCUGUGGUCAUACAUGGUCAGUGGUCUAGAAAUGUCUCUCAACUGGGGCGUUCUGUUGGCUGAAGGCUUUGACUGUUGGUGGAAGGGCCUUGCAUUUCUUAUCCCUCCACCAGGUGUGGUGUGUAUGUGACCUCCAAACUGCGGCUUCUAGUUUUAACUUUCCUUUCAGCAGUGGAGAGGUUCUGAUCUUUAUUGGGGUGGGUGCACCUGCCACAAUCUCCAUCAUGAGGAAUAAUCUGAUGGAGAAUUUUGGGACUUUUUUCUAUCCUUUCAUAGAAGCCCAACACAACAGAGUAGUUGGGUUUAACAUUGUGGCUUCUGGGCUUCUCUUGUUAAUGAAGUUGGGCAAAAGUCAGAACUGUCUAGGUUAGAAGGAAUCAUUAGUCAAAACUUGCAGCAACGUGGCAUGCUCAUAACUGGUUUCAUAUUUUUGAUUCUCAAAUGCAGCCAGCAACAGUCCCUAAGGCUGUUAAUGCUGCACCGAGGAGCAUUUAUCCUGUGCCCAAUGCUGCAUUUCUUUGGAGAGCUGAGUGUAGCUGCAGGAGUCAUAGUGGUGGGAGAGGCUGUGAAGAGCUAAAAAGGGCUAAUGCAAGCAUUUUCCACGUUUUUUCCCAUUCCCACCAGCAAGAUGCAGUAUAUAUGGUAUGACUUGCUUUCCUGGGAAGCCAAGUUUUAAUUCUCUGUGUAUGGGGCUUUUAGGCUAUUUAUUGAAAAAAAUUACUUUAGCUCACCCUCCCCCUUCUUGAGUGUGUGUGUGUGUGUAUAUAUAUUUUUAAAUAACUGGGUCAGUAAAAGCAAGGUCAGCUUUUGAUGUCUUUCAGUUUCUGCUCCAGAUGCAAUGCUCACUUCUGGUACAGAUGCAUUCCUGAAGAAAGUUAAGGCCCGCUCAAAGUACUGAUUCUUAUUUUUUUUUUUUUCCUUUUAAAUCAAAGUGUUGGGCUUAAUCCAUUCUAUCCAUUCUGCACAAAUUACCCAAAUGGUCUAGCAGGAAUUUUGCUCUUUAGAAACAUACAUUUAAUAAAAGUUGUUGUAUAAGCAACUAUUGGCCACGCUGCCGUUAAUAGUUCUGCUAAAUACUGUAUCCAGUGUGCCUUUAUCCAUAAACUUAUCUUUUAGUGCAUGUCAAUGCAGUCAGCAGUAUCCUUCAGUUUUGUGAAGUCAGUCAUGUCUGUGUUUUGAGUUUAUCUUAUGUUUUUAAAGUUGGUGCUGAAUCCUAGGAGGCUGUUCUUUCAAGCAAUUAAAAUUCAGACAUCAUCUUUAAAAAAAAAAAAAAAAAAAGCCC